UACCACACACUUCUCUUUUAACCAGGAAACAAACGUCAGCUCUUAAACUAAUGUCUUGCAGGUUUUAUAAUUACUUAAUCAAAACAUGAUCCGAGCGUCUCUUUAAGAGGGGAUAUUGCAGCCCCUCAAAAUGAAAGGUCUUUUCCUCGUGGAGCCUGUGGUUGCACUGUACGCUUUCUCCAGUUUUCUCAUCUAUCCUCUUGUGCAGCAGUAUGUGUACCGGAGGCUCUGGCAGGAGCUGACACACACCCCCUAUCCCAUCUCUGACAAUGCCUCCAGAUGUGCAGAUAACAACAACAGCAGCAGCAACCAAUCAAGCUACCAUGAGGAGGUACAGAGGCAGGCAUCUCUCUUCACCCUUUACACAGAGCUCUUCUCCACAAUCCCCUCUUUGGUUGUCACCCUCCUGCUCGUGGCCUAUAGUGAUCGGGGAGGACGCAAGGUCACAAUCGUCAUGCCUUUGAUUGGCACGUUAAUAUACACCCUGGCCUUGCUGUCAGUGUCCUACUUUGAGCUCAAUAUUUACUUGCUCAUCGCCGCCUCGUUUUUCUCUUCUCUGUUUGGUGGCUUGGGCACAUUCCUGGGGGGCUGUUUCGCCUACAUAGCGGACUUGUGCGAGGAUGGCCGUCAGAAGACACUGCGCAUGGCUGGAGUGGACAUGAUGAUCGGCCUGUUAUCUGGGGUGGCUGCAAUAUCCACAGGCUACUUUCUGAGAGCAGCAGGCUUUAACUGGCCUUUCAUAACCUCUGCGUUGUGUCAGUGUUUGAACCUGCUCUUUGCAAUUUUCAUCCUAGAAGAGACUGUGACGAACACUAAUGCCGUGAUUUCAGAUGGGUCUCCUCACCGCUCAGCCAUGAAACAAAUGAUCUAUGGGGUCUACUACAUGUUUGCAAGGGCCAGCCACAAGAAUAAGACUCUCUUGGUCCUCCUGAUACUCAUCUUCAUCAGCUUCUCCUUCGCCUAUGUGGGUGGGAGCUCCAUAAUGACGCUAUAUGAGCUGAAUAAGCCACUCUGCUGGAGUGAGAUUUUGAUUGGCUACGGCACAGCAAUGUCCACCACAAUGUUCCUGGCCAGUUUUGUGGUAGUGUCAGCGUUCACGUACUGGGGUGUGCCGCAGCUGGUCAUUGUCCUGACGGGGAUCCUGUCCGUCAUAUCAGGCAUGGUCCUGUUGGCGUUUGCUAAGACCACUUUUCUGAUGUUUAUGGUGAGGGUGCCAAUGCUUCUGUCCAUCAUGCCUUUCCCCGUUCUGCGCUCCAUGACAUCAAAGAUCAUCUCAAAGUCUGAUCAGGGAGCCCUGUUUGCCUGUCUUUCCUUCCUGGAGAGUUUAACUACAAAUGUGUCGACUGCAGUUUUCAACAGCGUCUAUGCAGCUACGCUGGCGUGGUACCCUGGCUUCACCUUCCUGUUGUCUGCAGGACUCUGCGUCAUCCCGUUACUUAUCCUUGGGGCGGUGGGUCUGACAGGAUUGGAUGUUGCCGAAGAGGUCAAAGAUCAAGAGCCUCUCUUCCAAGGAGUGGAGGAUAUUGUCGAAGAUCAGAACAGCAACCACUCUGUUCUUACCUGAGCCACUUCCUACCAAAACAUCACCAGCACCUCAUUUUAGCCUUCUGUGUUUUAUUCUUAGACACUUUUUACAAAAGUACCUCAUUGUUAAUAAUGCAGGUUUCAUAUUUAUUUAUUCUGCUAUUGAACUUAAAUUUGUAUGAAGAUACAACAGGGAGUUUUUUGGGGAGGUAAAGCAGGGAUGGGAUGUGAAGUGAAGUGCAUCCAACAUAACAGGUCAAAUGUUAAGAAUCAUUGCACGUUAUUUAUACCUCCAAAUUGCCCGACUGUGACAUUACUAACUUUUUUUUUUUAAAUGGUACAGUGUGAAAUGAUUUGUAUUUUUAGUGCAAUGUUCGUCAAUGCCUUAACAAAGAGUUCAACUGUCACUUGUUUUCAAGAAGAAAUUUCAGGAAACACCAAAUGCAAUAUAAGGCAAAUGCACAAUGUUGAUGCAUUUAAUCAACUGAAACCUACAUUAAGUGAAAUACAAUACAUAUUAUAGUAUACAUGUAUAAAAAACAUGUAUACUACAUGUCAACUUUAUUGUUUGAUGAUCAUAGGGAUGAUAAGGAAGGAAAGCGCCCAAACAAUAUCAUGAUGUUGAUAACAGGAAAAACUACAAAAAAUAAAACAAUUAAACAUUA